AGACAACGCCACAGCAACGCGUGGCCGGGCACAGCUAGUUGCUUCCUGUUUUGUUAUGCUGUGUGAAGCUGUACAGGAGAGUGCGAAGGACUGGACUUAUUCCUUGUUAUGGAGAACUUAGCUUUUAAAAUUCUGAUAGUCUUAUCUUAGAGGCUUUUGUGUGGUGAUGGGCCUAUUUUGAUUGAUUCCGAAACUUUUAGCCUAAAGAGCCUGCAAUAAGCCAGGUUUCAUGAAACCUAGCAGUGUUUCCCACUGUGUUGCUCCAUGUCUGCUCAUGGUUAUACCUAAAUUGACAGCACAGCAUGUACAACCUCCAAGAGAAAUUAACUGUAAUAUCCAAGGGUCUUGGCUAACAUAGCAGGUGGUGAAGAAUGCUGGAAGUUGCCGUUCAGCAACAAUUGGAGGACAAUAAUUCCUUUAUUGUUAUGCCAUUGGUGAUCAAGUGAGGUUUGAUUUAUUGUGGCCCUAUGAAUGGGAGGCCUCCAGGAGCUCCGGUCAUGAACUGACCUCUCAGGUCUUGAAAUUCAGGGUGAUAGCUUCCUUGAUUGAAUCAGUCUACCUGUAAUGCAGGAUCCUUCUUUUCCUAUUACAUUCCAAUUUACCAAGCAUUAUUGCUUUUUCUAAUGAGUUGUGUCAUCUCAUGAUAUGUCCAAAGUAUAUAGGCUCUGUUGAAUCAUUCUUGGUUCUAAUGAGAGUUCAGACCUGAUUUGCUCUAACACAAAUUCAUUUAUUUCUUAGCAGUCCAUCAUAUCCGGGGGACUCUUCUCCAGCACCUCAUAUAAAAGGAAGGUUUUUUUCUUUCUAUCACCUUUAUUCACUGUACAGCUUUUGCAGUAUACAUAGACAUUGGAAAUACAAUGGGGAGGUUUUACACUGCCCUUUGUACCUGGGGCAAUGAGAUUAUGAAUGAAGGAGGAGGGCAUAUCCCGUAAGGUCGAAGAACACUUUUCACUUCUUCUUUCUUCUUUGACUGACACCGAAUCUGUUUUGGGCCAAAGAAAGAGCACAAGAAGAAGCUCCCAUAGGCUGACUGAGAUACUGAUCUUCUCAACAUGUCCUUGGCUCCCACCAGUAUUGUCCUCUCCUCUCCUUCCCCAAGUAACUGGGACCCAGAAAAUGUUUCUUUCCCAGAAGAAUUUGCAUGGGGAGCAUCAACAGCAGCCUAUCAGAUUGAAGGAGGCUGGGAUGCAGAUGGAAAAGGCCCCAGUGUUUGGGACACGUUCACCCAUCAGGGAGGAGAUCGGGUUUUCAAGAACCAGACUGGUGAUGUAGCUUGUGGCAGCUAUACUCUGUGGGAGGAAGAUUUGAAAUGUCUCAAACAGCUUGGAUUGACUCAUUAUCGCUUCUCUCUUUCCUGGUCACGUCUGUUACCUGAUGGGACGACAGGUUUCAUCAACCAGAAAGGAGUGGAUUAUUAUGACACAGUGAUUGACAGCCUUCUAGCAAAUGGGGUGACACCUGUGGUUACACUGUACCACUUUGACCUACCUCAACAUUUAGAGCAUCAAGGUGGCUGGAGAUCAGGGGCCAUCGUGGCAGCCUUCGAUGCAUAUGCACAGUUUUGUUUCAGAACAUUUGGGGACAGGGUCAAGCUGUGGCUCACCAUUAAUGAGCCCUAUGUUCUUGCCACUCUUGGUUAUGAGGAGGGUGUUAUGGCUCCGGGUAUUAAAGAGCUUGGUACUGGAGCAUACCAAUCAGCUCAUAAUAUGAUCAAAGCUCAUGCUGUAGCUUGGCACAGUUACAAUCAACUCUUCCGAAAAAAGCAGGGUGGGCUGGUUUCUAUAGCACUGAACUCAGACUGGGCUGAACCUUUUGAUCCAAAUUCCCCUGCUGACCAGGAAGCUGCCAAGAGGCACAUGGCAUUUUGCCUUGACUGGUUUGCUACCCCCAUCUUUCUUGAUGGCGAUUACCCAGCCAUAAUGAAAUCUAAGAUUUCUGCUGUGUGUAAAAGGCAAGGCAUUCCAUCAUCAAGGCUUCCUGAAUUUACCGAUGCAGAGAAGAUGAUGAUCAAGGGCACUGCUGAUUUCUUUGCUCUAAAUUAUUAUACAUCCCGCAAAAUGAAGCACCAAGAAAAUACAAAUGCUCAGCCAAGUAUGUCUGCAGACAAAGAAGCAGAAGAAGUAACAGAUCCUUCUUGGCCGGUUGCAAGUGGCAGUUCUUGGCUGGCUGUUGUCCCAUGGGGCUUACGUCGACUAUUGAAAUACAUCAAGGAUACAUAUAAUCACCCUAUAAUUUACAUCACAGAGAAUGGGUUUUCCCAAAGUGACCCUGCUCCACUCGAUGACACUCAGCGCUGGGAGUAUUUCAAGCUGACUUUACAGGAGAUUUUAAAAGCAAUUUACAUUGAUGGAGUCCAACUGAAAGGCUACUUUGUGUGGUCCCUUCUGGACAACUUUGAAUGGACCUGUGGCUACCGCUCUCGUUUUGGACUCUUCCAUGUCGACUUUGAAAAUCCAGCUCUUCCUCGAGUUCCUUAUAAAUCAGCCAUUGAAUAUGCCAAGGUUGUUGCCAACAAUGGGCUGGUUAAAUCACAGGAGUAACAAAUGCCUGUUAACAAUGGGUUACUUAUAAAUUCCUUCCUUUUAAAAAAACAAAAUCUGGUUAGUGCUAAUAAAAAAAAAUCAGAAUGUUCACUACAGUUUACUUGACAGCACCUCUGUUGCAGCAAGAGAAAGCCUCUGAAAAGGCCACCAAGUAAACUGGAUUCAUAAUUAAUUAUUAUCCCCUGUAUUAAGUGUAAUUAAGUGAUUUCCCUUUUAAAAAUAAAUAGAGAAAUGACUGCCUUUUUAUUUUUUUUGCAUUGUUCACUCUACCGGUUCCUCUCCCUGUGAUGAUUUCUGACUUCAGCUACAUUCUCUUUUGGGUCAGGCAGGACAAUCACAUGCAAAUGGCAUGCCUGAGCAAUCAUGAAACCAAAAUUCAGCAGUUCCUCAGGGUUUUGAGGCAUCUUGCAAAUCCUCAAUAAUAGUUGAAGGUUGUUUGAGGAGGCCACAGGAGCUGCAUAUUUCUACUCCUCAUUACAUAAAGGGGAAGGCACACAUAGGACUUCAUCACACAAAUUUUCGCGUUGUAAGAUGCUUGCAGCACACUUCAUCCCCAGAGGUCAGCAAUGCCCAUCACAUGACACACACUCACUUCCGAUGGGGCUCUGUAGAUAAACUGUGGCGCAAGCAUCCUAUGACACUUCACCUAGAACACGAAAGCCUCCCGGUGUUUUGUAAGGAGAAAUGGGGCCAGCACGGGAAGAAACCACAUGGUGACACUUCUUCACAUGUAAUGGGGAAACAUCGCUGUGAGUAAGUCAGGACACAGGCACCAGGAUUGCCCUGCUACCCCACAGAUUUGCCAUGGAGGCUAGCAAAUGCCCUUGCUGCCCCUCAUCAAUGUGAUGAGAUCCAUAAAAGAAUGAGAAAUGAAUUUGAAAAAUAAAAAUGCCAAUUUUCUGUAAAUUUCAGAAUACUUUCUCUUUGCAGAUAUAAAGAAUAGUUCCAUAUUUUAAACAGAAGUAAUCUAUGGGAGGGUCCAGAAGCUGUGAAAGAUGCAGAAUCCUCACCAGGCCAUUGGUGUUGUAGCUCAGCCUGAGCCUGAGCUUGGGCCCAUUCAGCCAGUAAUUGUCCCUGCACCUGAUUUGCCAGAGGACCCUUGGUUUGGACCUGACAUGCAGCCAGAGUUUGGGCCUGAGAUGCAACCAGCUUUACCAGAGGACUCUGGGUUUGAGCCUGAGAUGCAGCCAGAGUCUGUUCCAGUAGAUUCUGGGACCAGAGACAGAAUGGUUGCAAGCAGGCAUUUUGAAUCAUAUUCCUCUCCGCCAUCAAGGCCAGUUCACCAGGUGUCAGAUGGACAUUUUAGUUUGGAGGAGGAUAAUGAGUUUGACAGGAGGGGAGCAACAACUCAUCGAAGGAAGGAACGAGAAUGUUUACAGAGAAGUAAACGACUGCUAAUGAGUAGUUUUCUCAUGAGAGAAAGAGUUUUCUCAUGAAAGAAAGACCUUAGAUUUUCCUUAAAUGCCUUGCUCUUCUCUGCUAUAGCAGAGGUGGCAACAUUGCAAUUCAAGAGAGAAAGAUCUUUGUUCCAUGUUCCUGUAUAUUCUUGCAUCCAUGGAUUUUGCUACAAAUUCCAGCCUUGUUUUGCCUUUGGAUCCAGGUAUAUGUUCCAAUAACUUUGCUGCUUGGAUUUCUAUUAACUUGGAUUACUUUGGAGUUUGAUCCUGCAACCUAGCCUUGUUUCCUGUGGUUCCAGUUUGUCUCAUGCCUUGGAUUUGAACCUUGUUUGGUCUAUUCUUGAUGCCUUUCCUGGGACUGAGUUUGAUAUCUGGUUUGGACUAUGUUUUUGGGUGACUUUCUUAAACUCUUGCUUUAAGAUUUUCAAGUACAUUACUUUUGUGGAUUUAAAUCCAUUUUAUUGACUCUGAACUUUAUUUGCUUGUGCUUACUUAUAACCUUCAAUAAACAGCUUUUUUGCUUAUA